UUGCCGGUGGCUGGACUCGGCUUUGCAUAGCAAUGCCCGGCUUUGCAUAAGCAGUGCAGGCAGGCAUUUAAAGGCCCGCGGCCGCCACCAGGGAUCUUGUAGUUAACUCCGUGCAGAUCCAUCCUUUGCGAUGCAGACCCUGUUGCAGGCUCCGCUGCUGCUAGCCCUAGGCUUGCUUCUCGCUGGCCCUGCGGCCCCUGCGCGCGUCCACCUGAAGCAGCUUGGUAGCUUCUCCUGGGAUAACUGUGACGAAGGGAAGGACCCUGCGGUGAUCAAAAGCCUGACUCUGGAGCCUGACCCCAUAGUCGUUCCUGGGAAUGUGACCAUCAGCGCCCAGGGCAAGACCACUGUUGCCCUCAGUUCUCCUCUGACGGUGGAAUUAACGGUGGAGAAGGAAGUGGCUGGCUUCUGGGUCAAAAUCCCGUGUGUGGAACAGAUUGGCAGCUGUACAUAUGAAGACUUCUGUGAUGUGCUUGAUACUCUUAUUCCCCCUGGGGAGCCCUGCCCAGAGCCCUUGCACACCUAUGGGCUUCCCUGCCACUGUCCCUUCAAAGACGGCACCUACUCACUGCCCAAGAGUGAUUUCACCGUGCCUGACCUGGAGCUGCCCAGCUGGCUCAGCACCGGGAACUACCGCGUCGAGAGCAUCCUGAGCAGCAGCGGGAAGCGUCUGGGCUGCGUCAAGAUUGCCGCCUCUCUAAAGGGCAAAUAGUGGGGCAGCAGCCACAGUAGAAUGAGAGGGUGUGAGGAAGGUCUCUCUUCCUCUCUUGUGUUUGCCAAGACCAAAUUCUGACUCUGCCCUUCUCCAACUCCUUUCUACAAUGAGUCUGCUACCCUCAC